AUGAAGCGAAAAGCUCCCAAGAAUAUCCUGGUCACCAUCGCACUGCGGCUGUUGCCUCUGGUUUCGUUGCCCCUUCUAGUGGCUGUUUUGCAACCAGACAGUGAUGCAGGUGAGGGCUGGAAGAUGAUUUUGGUGGGUGCUGCCUGUGGUGUCGUCAUCUCAGCCGCAGUGCCAAGUCUGCGCAUUGCCCUUCUGGCAGUCGCGAUUGUGACGGUACUCCUAUUGAGUGUGGCCUACACAGAGGCACUGCAUCAUCAGCUACACCUCGGAAACGACCACGAUGAGCCACGACCUCCGCGGCCUAUGCUGCUGCAAGAAAAGAGCGAUGUGGCGUCUGCCGCUGCCGCACUGCCCCUGGACGUGGAGCGAAAACGCUUAGCAGCUCAGGAGGUGGCGGCUCUACGCUGGCGGCCGGCGCCUCCCAAGAUUGAGGCGCCGGUGGAGAUGGCCACCUUCAGCGUGGUCUUGCCCUGCGCCUUCGAGGGGGAGUUUGCCGAGAAGACGGUCUGGGCUGUUUGGGAGAACACCGAUAAGAACAUCUUGAAAGAGAUCAUUGUGGUGGAUGACGGUAGUCGGCCACCUCUGCGGAAGAUCAUGUCCGAGCAGCUGUUGAGUCAAGGUCCUGGCGUUCCCAAGAUGAAAAUCGUGCGCCACGAACGCACCUUGGGCCUCAUCUCUGCCAAGAAGUCUGGUGGUGAUGCGGCCACUGGCGACGUCAUCGUGUUCUUCGACUGUCACGUCAGCCCACGGAAGGGAUGGGAAAUGGCUUUUCUGAAGCAGAUGAAGAGAAAGCAAGAUCAUCGGACCAUCGUAGUGCCGACCAUCACAUCCUUAAAUCCAGACACUUGGAAGGAGAUUCCAGGUGGAGGAGGAGGGAAGGUGUGCUUCAUCUUGUGGAACAACGAUUUCACCUGGCUCUACAAUCCUGGUCGAGACGCCCCAUUGAUGAGUGGUGGCCUUUUAGCCCUGAGUCGACGCUGGUGGGAGGAGACCGGCGGCUAUGACACGAAGAUGGUUGCCUGGGGUGGCGAAAAUAUUGACCAAUCCCUGCGCUCGUGGCUCUGCGGCGGGCGGAUCGAGGUGGCCGACGGAGCCUUUGUGGCGCACAUGUGGCGGGAUCCCAAGAACCCCAAGACGGUCUUGAGGUAUCCCAUUCCGACCAAGGACGUGAUGCGCAACAAGGCGCGUGCCGCCACCGCGUGGUUCGGAGAGUUUACCGAGAAGGUCAUGACCUUCCCGGAAUACGAGAUGUUUACGAAGAACGGAGAGACUAUUGGAGACAUGAGUGAGUUUGGUCAGCUCAAGCAAAAGCUCGGUUGUGCUCCUUUUGCGAGCUAUUUGGAUCGGUUUUCCUACAUCUAUUUGGACGGUGGAUUGCUUCCGGCUGAAGUGUUCCAGCUUCGUGAGAAGAAGACUGGCCUUUGCCUGCAUGUGAAGCGAAAUGAUCGAGCACCGCACAAUGUGGUGCUCGCAGCAUGUGCAGGACACCACGAAGAACACCAAUCAUCUGAGUUGCAGCUUUUCCAUCGUGGCAAUCGUGACCAAUCCAAGAGGGGCAAGCCUUGCUGUAGUGGCAUCAUGCACUGGAAUUUUCUACAAUGCUUGGAUGCGCAGCGGGUUGGAAUGCAGGAGGGUGGUGGGUGUGCAGCAGCGGCGACGAAGGAGGGUGGUGGUGAUAGUGCAUCCAACAUGGAGUUGCACUUUCGGCCCUGCGAUGAAAAAGAUGCCGGACAAACCUUUCAUGCGAAGCCCAGAUUUGGAGGCUUUGAGAUCAAGGUGGGGGAGACUGGCUAUUGCUUGGACUCAGGUGGUGGGAGUCAGGCGCUGGUGUAUCCCUGCUAUGAUGAGAAGGUCCACAACAUGAAUCAGGUCUGGAAGAUCCGUGAUGGCCGUCUACUCUGGGAAUCUGGAGGACGCGUGAUCUGUGUGGAUUCCGAAAAGAUCCAAGAGAAGGUGAAGGCACCACAAGGUGAAUAUCGCCUGGUGACCUGUGCACCCAAGCCUGGACAGCGCUUGAAGCGUGAAGAGAUCGAUUCUCAAGGGACCUUCCUGCUGAAAGAUCAAGAUGACGGUCGCUGUCUGUCGGCGCUCUCAGGUAAUGUGUUGGGCUUAUCGGAGUGCACUGCGAAGCAACGUUGGCGGGUCUUGGCUGCGAAUGGCUUCCACCAGGUCCAGCACUGUGAAUCGAAACUCUGCAUUGAUGCAGGGUCAGAGCAAAAGCCGAUCCUUUAUCCCUGCCACACAGGGCGUGUGAAUCAACCACAGAAGUUCACGGUGGUGGAUGAGCCUGGCUGGAUACAAAACCCUCUCACUUGGGGUGAUAACGGUCGCCGACGGAGCUUCGAGAGUUGUUUGGAUCGCUUACCCACGCAGCACCAGAGCGUCGCCGUGCAGGAGUGCAGUGAGGUCCGUCAGGCAGGGGUUCAGUGGGAGCGGCUGAAUGUCUUCGUGCCACUGGAACGGAGGCUUUGGGAGAAGGCGGCGAAGCCGCCUCCAGGGACUCCCAUCCUGGGAGGAGACAUGGCACCGCCUUGA